AUGGAUACGUUUCCGUCUCUGUUUCUGUAUUCAUUGACAAUACAAAAUAGCAAUUAUGUGCAGAACUCGUGUGUGGCAUCUUUAUCUGGUAAAAAGGUGCAAGAGAUUGUUAUAGCUACAGAAUCUCGACUUUUGGUUUAUAAAGUGGAUCCAAAUGAUGGCCGAAUAAGCUGUAUUUUGAAUCACAAUUGCUUUGGAAUCAUUAGAAAUGUCGCUCCUCUUCGUUUAACUGGCUUUAAACGCGACUACUUGAUUGUAACUUCAGAUUCUGGACGGAUAACGGUUUUGCAGUAUGAUCUUGGUCUCAAUAAGCUUGUUCCGGUGUAUCAAGAAGCAUUUGGAAAGUCAGGGAUUCGAAGAGUUGUUCCAGGAGAAUAUUUGGCUGUUGAUGCCAAGGGUCGCGCAGCAAUGGUUGCUUCUGUUGAAAAAAGUAAGUUGGUUUAUGUAUUAAAUCGUGAUUCUGAAGCAGAUCUCACAAUAUCUUCACCGCUUGAAGCGCAUAAAGCAGGUGUUAUUUGUUUUAGUCUUGUGGGUCUGGAUACCGGAUAUGCAAACCCAAUAUUUGCAGCCCUAGAAGUUGACUACAGUGACAUUGAUCAUGACCAGUCAGGUCAAGCUUACGAGAACGUAGAGAAGGUUUUGACAUAUUAUGAACUUGACCUUGGACUUAAUCAUGUCGUCAGGCGUUGGUCAAAAGUGGUUGAUCGUAGUUCUUAUAUGCUUCUUUCUGUGCCAGGGGGUAACGAUGGUCCAUCAGGCACUCUUGUGAUUUCUGAAGGAUGGAUAUCUUAUAGACAUUUGCAAAAAAGGUUUCACCAAAUACCUAUAAUGCGCCGAAAAGGUAAUGAAAUGGAGGAGACAGCUACACCAUGGGCAGAAUCAAACCCAGAAAACAAAGACUUGCGGCUCCCUGUCAUUGUCUCUGCCGUAAUGCACAGAAUGAAAGGAUCGUUUUUCUACUUGCUACAAACUCAUGAAGGUGAUCUAUUAAAACUCACCGUAGAGCAUGAUGGACAAGGCAAUGUAAACGAGUUACGCAUGAAAUAUUUUGAUACGAUACCUCUUUCAGUAGAACUCAAUAUUUUAAAAACUGGGUUCCUAUUUAUAUCGUGUGAAGGUGGAAAUCAUCAAUUAUAUCAGUUUGAGAACCUUGGGCUGGAUGAUGGAGAGUUAGAAAUUUCUUCUUUGGAAUAUCCUGAUGAUUUUCUUGUUACCACUGGUAAGAACAUAUUUUACCAAGUACGUGGUUUGCAGAAUUUAUCGUUGGUUGAUGAAGUCCCUUGCCUUUAUCCCGUGACUGAUUCGUUAGUAGUUAAGAGCCCUCUUUUAGAUGACCCAACCCAGAUAUAUGCAAUUUCCGGGCGUGGCAAUGCUUCUUCUCUUCGUCGUUUAAAGCGUGGUUUGGAAACCACUGAAAUUGUUGCUUCAGAAAUUCCAGGUGCUCCUGUCGCAAUUUGGACUUUGAAGCUAUCCCGCAAUGAUGUGUAUGAUUCGUAUAUAAUCUUGUCAUUUACAAAUGGUACUUUAGUAUUAUCCAUUGGAGAAACCGUUGAGGAAGUAUCAGACAGUGGAUUGCUGUCCUCCGUUUCUACGUUAAACGUACACCAAAUGGGCCAAGAUUCUGUUCUUCAAGUUUAUUCCAAGGGUAUCCGGCACAUUCGCUCUAAUAAACAAAUAAGUGAAUGGAAAUUACCGGCUGAUUUAUUAAUUACUCAGUCAACCAUUAAUGAUACCCAAAUAGUAAUAGCUCUGAAUAAUGGUGAGCUUGUAUAUUUCGAGAUGAGUGACGACGUUGAAGGCGGUCAGUUAAAUGAAUACCAAGAAAGAAAAACACUUACAGCAAAUGUUACUGCGCUUGCUUUGGGGCCGGUACCUGAAGGUUCAAAGCGUAGUAAUUUCCUUUGUAUAGCUUGUGACGACGCUACCGUACGCGUUUUAUCUCUGGAUCUUUACACGACCUUAGAAAGUUUGAGUGUUCAAGCAUUAAGCUCACCUGCUAAUUCGCUGUGUAUAAUUCCCAUGGCGGUCGGCGGGUAUACUACCUUAUACCUACAUAUUGGUUUGAUGAAUGGUGUUUACCUUCGAACUGUUGUUGACGUGACCUCUGGACAGCUAUUAGAUACCCGUACUCGGUUUUUGGGUCCAAAGCCUGUCAAAUUAUAUCCAGUUUCUAUUAAAGACCAGAAAACUGUAUUGGCUGUCUCUACGAGAGCUUAUCUGGCUUAUUCUUUCUUGCAAAAUCUGCAGCUUUCCCCCAUUUCUUAUUCAGCAAUUGAACAUAUUUCUUCAUUCGCUAGUGAGCAAUGCCCUCAGGGGGUUGUUGCCGUACAUCACAAUGUUUUGAAAAUUUUUACAAUCGAUAGUCUGCAGGAUGAUUUGAAAUCAGAAAUAUAUCCGCUUAUGUGUACACCACGAAAGUUGGUGAAACACCCGGAACUUCCUAUUUUAUGUAUUUUACAGAGUGAAAGGAAUUUCAAUAGUUCCAAGAAUUAUCAGGAUCUAGGCUCUCAUUCUUUGUCGUCACGUGCGAAUAAGGAUUUAAGCCCUUUACAAGAAAGGGAAUGGUCAUCAUAUAUAUCUAUUUUUGACUUGAAAUCUAAGCAAAUAGUUCACGCUUGUAAACUCGGCGAUAAUGAAGCCGCUUUUUGUGUCGAGAUGGUUUACUUCAAGUCAAAGGAUGAGUUAUUUUUAGUUACUGGUUCGGCGACAGAUGUCAAUCUUGAAACAAGAGCUUGUUCUCAUGGUAAUAUACGCGUUUACAGACUUAAGGAUGAGGGGACUAGCCUUGAGUUAGUAAGCCACACUGAAACGGACGACAUUCCCAUGUGCCUUCGCCCCUUUCAAGGAAGGAUGCUUGCUGGUGUUGGAAAACAUUUGAGAAUGUAUGAGCUAGGUAACAAAAAAGUACUAAGGAAAUGUGAAAUAGCUCCUGUCCCUCUCUUUAUAACUCGCUUGGAUGUCCAAGGAAGCAGAAUUGUUGUUGGUGAUUCUCAGUGUUCUAUUAGAUAUGUCGUGUAUAAGCACGAUGAAAACCGCUUCCUUGUUUUUGCGGAUGAUCCCAUUCAAAGGUGGUGUACGACCUCAACUAUGGUUGAUUAUGAUACUGUAGCAGGGGGUGACAAGUUUGGUAAUAUGUGGCUUCUAAGAUGUCCUGCGGAUAUCUCAAGGCUUUCUGAUGAAGACAAUUCUGCGUCUAAGCUUUUACAUGAAAAACCAUUUUUGAAUUCUACUCCCCACAAGCUGGAACUUUUGUCUCAUUUUUAUACGAAUGAUAUACCUACAUCCAUGAAAAAAGUACAGUUGGUUGAAGGAGCAAGAGAGGUUUUGUUAUGGACUGGCCUUCUUGGAACGGUAGGUGUUUUUACCCCUUUUAUAAAUCAAGAAGACGUUCGGUUCUUUCAGCAGAUAGAAUUCUUUUUGCGAAAAGAAGUUCCCUUGUUAUCUGGCCGGGAUCAUUUAGCGUACCGAAGCUACUAUGCACCUGUGAAAGGUGUCAUUGAUGGUGAUUUAUGCGAAAUGUACUAUCAUCUUCCUCGUGAAAAGCAGGAAGUGAUUGCAAGUGAACUGGAUCGCACGGUCGCAGAGAUAUCAAAAAAAAUAGAGGACUUUCGUGUACGUAGUUUUUAG